AAUGAAAUGUCCUUGAAAAUAUGAAAACUGACAUUGGCAUUAGCUAAUGUAUUUUUUGUCAGUUAAGAGUGUGUAUAAGCUUUGAGUUAAUCUUGAUUAUUCAAUUUUUGUAGUGAAUUAACUCAGUUUUAUAUUUAUAUUUUAACUAUAUUAUUUGAUUGAAGCUUUUGGAAAAAUAAAACUUAUUUAGUGAACUAUAAAGCUAUAAUGGCCGAAUUGUUAUCAAUUCCUCUAAAGAAACCAAGUGAUGUGGAUUUAAUAACACCUUUAAAAAAUUUAAUACAAUCUCGGUACAGCACUGCAGACAAACCCGAAGACUGCUCAGAAGCAAUAAACGAGUUUUCAAAACAAAGGAGUAAUGCCAUUUGGAAAGCUUUUGAAAAAUACGAAAGUUCGUUGGAAAUUAUUUAUGGAUAUUACGAUCAAAUAGUAGCUCUAGAAAGUAAAAUACCACCUCAAGAAUUACAAGUUCCUUUUAAAUGGAAAGAUGCUUUUGACAAAGGAAAUCUUUUUGGAACACGAAUGAGUUUAACUAUUACUUCUUUAAGUUUCGAAAAAGUUUGUGUUCUUUUUAACAUUGCUGCUCUUCAAAGUAAUGUGGCAGCUGCUCAAAGCGUCGAAAGUGAUGAAGGGCUUAAAUUGGCAGCAAAAUUGUUACAACAAUCUUCAGGAAUACUCAGUUACUUGAAAUCUACAGUGAUGCUUGCUUUACAGCAAGAUCCAACACCUGAUUUGAAUCCUGAUACUUUAGGAGCCUUAUCUCAACUAAUGUUGGCUCAAGCACAACAAAUAUUUGUUCAUAAAGCCAUUCAUGAUAAUAUGAAGGAUGUGAUUGUAGCAAAACUGGCUUCACAAUGUGAAGAUUUAUAUGCAGAAUGUUUAAAAGUCUUUCAAAGGGAUAAUCUGAAACAUAUUUGGGAUAAAGAAUGGAUACCUAUGAUUGCUGGUAAACAAGCAGCUCUGGGAGCCGUAGCUGAGUUUUAUCAAAGUUUAGUUUGCAAAGCGAAUAAACGUAUCGGAGAAGAAAUUGCAAGAUUAAGGAGAUCAAGUGAAUUAUUCAAGGCUUCCCAAUCCAGAUCAGGACGUACAUUCUUUGGUGAUUUGAUUUCCAAAGUAGAUAGAAAUCUAAAUGAAGCUACAAAAGAUAACGAUUUCAUUUAUCAUGAAAUUAUUCCAGAUGUUAAAGCUUUGGAGCCAAUAGGUAAAGCACAACCUGCUAAAGUGUUGCAAGUAAGUCAUCCGAUGAGCCAAAAUUUCAAUGAUUUAUUCUCGGAAUUGGUACCAGUAGCAGUACACCAAGCAUUGGCAUCUUAUGACAUUCGAAAAACUGAAAUUGUCAAUACGGAAAUUACUAAGUUAAGAGAAGCUACGCAAAUGUUGAAUGGACUUUUGGCAAGCUUAAAUUUACCAGCUGCUAUUGAAGUUACUGACAACGGCGACGAAGUACCUCCAUCGAUAUUAGAAAAAUCAAAUGGUGUAAUUUCUUUAGGUGGAAUAACUGAAUUACAAAGAAUGAUAACAGAACUUCCUGAGCUUCUUAAAAGAAACCAAGACAUUUUGGAUGAAACAGAUAGAAUGCUAGCAGAAGAAAAAUCAUCAGAUGAUGCCCUUCGAGCUCAAUUCAAAGAAAAAUGGACAAGAACUCCAUCUGAUAAUCUUACAGAAAUGUUUAAAUCCAAUUCGGCCAAAUACAGACAAAUCCUAAAUAACGCAAUAGAAGCAGAUAAAACUGUCAGAGCUAAAUUUGAUACUCACAAGCAAGGUAUGGAACUGUUGAGCAAUGGACCGGGAGCUAUACAAAGUGCAUUGCCAAGUGGAAAUGGAGGAAGUGUUGGUAAUUCAUCAGCCGUUCAAACUUUGAAAGAAUUAAUGGAAGAGGUGGAAACUAUCAAAGCGGAAAGAGUAACUAUAGAAGAAGAUCUUAAAAAUCCUACGACUGACAUGAAAGACACAUUCCUCAGCGCUCUGGCUAAAGAUGGUGUUAUCAACGAGGCAGCUAUUUCAUUUGAAAAUCUCGGAAAAACAUAUGGAUCUCUACAAAAACAAGUUGCAGAAAGUGUUGAAAAACAAGGACCUUUAAUUCAAAAAAUACAACAAGCUCAUUCUCAAUUUGUAUCAGAAAGAGGUUCUACUGUUGGAGGACGGGAACAAAUGAUGUGUUCAUUGGCUUCUGCCCAUGACGCUUUUAGAGAUCUGCUGAAUAAUUUGCAAGAAGGCACUAAAUUCUACAAUGAUUUAACUCAGAUGUUAGUAUCCUUCCAAAAUAAAGUAUCAGAUUUCUGUUUCGCCAGAAAAACUGAGAAAGAAGAAUUAUUGAAGGAUUUGACUCAAGAAAGCAGCAGAACAACGCCAGUACAACCUGCCGCUCCCAGUUAUCAUUCUGAUCCUCCAAAAACUUAUGAUGCCACACCAGGAGCCCCUCCUCAACAAGCGCAAUCAUCAGGUUACUUACCAUACCCUGUUCAAAGUCAAAAUAUGCCAGUACCAUAUGGAGCUACUGCGAAUACUCCAUAUCCUACUUACGUUCCUCCGCCAAUGCCUCAAGGUUAUAACCCAUACGCAACUAUGCCUUAUCCAUCUUCUUACCAGUUUCCUCAAGGUCCACCGGGUUCUUAUCAAAACGCUCAACAGGCCGCACAAGCGCCAUUCCCUCAACAAUCUAAUUAUGGACAGCAACCAGGAGCUUAUCCACCCGGUGCUUAUCCUCCGGGAUCUUACCCGACAUGGCGUUAAGUUUGUUUUACUUAUUAUCAACCUCUAGUUGAUGAAAUCUGUACUUGAGAUUAAAUGUUUUUCAUUCUAUUUCAUCUAGUCGCUAUAAAGACAAUUAUAAACAUUAUUUACUCCAAAUAUCUAGUAGAACAAGAGAUGAAUCAGAUGAUUUCAUGUACUAGAGGAAAUUGAUUAUUAAUAAUUAGGGUUUGUUGGAAGUUUCAUGAGGUAGAGUAAAAAGUAUGAAAAGUCAUUUAAAGGUGGAGUGAAUCAACGCAUUUAUAUAUUUUAUGAGAUGUCCCUAUAUAAAUUUAUAAUCGGUGCAACCAAUGAUAGAUUUCAAAAAUUUACAUUUUAAGCUAUAAGUACGAUUAAAUUGUUAAAAAGAAGUUUUUUUAAUUCGAUAUAAUUUCCUCGCAUUUAAACAAAAGUUAUGGUUCUUCUACAACUUAACAGUUAUCCAUUGUAAGUGAGCAUUGUUCUUUUACAUUAAAGUUCAUAAACACUCAAAUGUAUGAUAUUUCAUCUGUGCCUAUUUUCAAGAAGAAAAAACAUUGCAGCUGAUGUCUUAGAUUAGAUUAUUUAGUGUUUCUUUAUUGUUAUAAUAUAUGGGUAAUAGUUUUCGGUUGUCCUGGCGUUUCUGUUAACCCUCGAUCACUCACGGCGCUCACUUCGACCCACCUCAACGUGACCACAACUAUCGAAGUCACCAUGUGGAAUGCCCAAAAGACUAUUUAAGACACCGUGAAUACCUUAUAUGGUUUAGCUUAUGUAACGUCCAUCUGAUUGCAGACCAAGAUUGGUUCGUAUAAAAAAUCUUUGCAUCAUAUAAACCAAAACAAAAGUUCUCAUUGAGACUUCAGUUGUCACCAUAGUGAUUGUUGAAUUGCAUAAAUACGAACAAAGCAAGGUAAAUAAAAAUUUGUAAAAACAAAAACAUUAAAUAUGUGCUUAAAACUAACCCAUUAUUCAUAUUAUAGUAGAUAAUGGCACAAUUAAAUACUU